ACGUGAACCAAUAGCAGCAGAAGAUACGCUUAGUUUCAGCUGAACCUUGACCUCUUUUUAUUCUGCAUUUCACAACACUCAUGUCGGCAGGAGGAGAUCUCUGCUGGAUCUCUCCCUCUGGUCCCUAUUGAAACAAGAAAAAGGGGAACACACCGAUUUUGUUGCUGCAGGAAGGAAGUUUCACCUGAGGCAGGGAUGAAGAGAGCUGUGUUAUUUCUGCUCGCUGUGUACGCCUCAGUGCCUGUCAUCCUCUACCUGUUCCCCUGGAUACUGGGCCAUAUCAUAUUUGCUCACUUUAUGAGGUUUCCAUUUUUUCUGGAUCUCAGCAGACCUGAAGAUGUGCUGAACCACACAAGCAACUUCUACCUCAACACAGAGGACGGUGUCUCAGUGGGUGUCUGGCAUACGCUCCCGGCCAGCCAAUGGGAGGACGCCCCAGGGAGAAGCCCUGAGUGGUACAGGGAAACUCUGGGAGAUGGCCGCCCUGUUUUUAUCUAUCUCCAUGGCAACGGAGCAACCAGGGCCAUGAAUCACAGAGUGGAACUGAUGAAGAUUUUAAGUGCUGCAGGGUACCAUGUCUUAUCUUUAGACUACAGAGGUUUUGGAGACUCUACUGGGGAGCCAAGUGAAGCUGGAAUGACCAGUGACGCCCUCUACCUGUACCACUGGGUAAAGAAACAAAGCAGAGGGGGUCUUGUCUGUCUGUGGGGACACUCGCUUGGCACUGGUGUGGCAACAAAUACUGCAGUGAAAGUACAAGAGCAAGGGUCUGUUGUUGAUGCUUUAAUCCUUGAAGCUCCAUUCACAACAAUCGGAGAAGUUGUAGCCAACCAUCCGGUCACUAAGAUGUACAUGUUCCUUCCGGGAUUUGAGAGCUUGCUCUGGAGCAUAUUGGAAAAGAACAACAUUGUGUUUGCUAACGAUAAAAAUUUAAAGACCUUGACCAGCCCACUUCUCGUCCUGCAUUCCAAGGAUGACGAUAUAGUACCUUAUUACAUGGGUCUGAAGCUGUACCAAAUAUCACUCCAGACUAAGAAAGAAUACAAGACAGAUGUUCAGGUUGAAAUGAUCUCCUACAGUGCAAAUCUUGGAUUCUCCCACAACAGCAUCUACUUAGAUCCCAAUCUGUCAAAUGUGAUCGGGACAUUUUUACAAAACCUGAGACAGUAGAUUGUCUCUCCCUCCUGCAGAGAAGAAAUUAUAAGCCCAGCAGAUACCUACAUACAUAUUUAUUUUUGGCACAAAAUGCGUGUGUGUGUUCUAACAAAAGCACUGAUUAAACAUAUUACAAUAACUUUAUUCAAAACACUCAGACAAAAUACGGUAGAUCACAAAUGAAGUAGCCUUGCAUCUUUCCUUAACCAGGUGAUACUGAUACAGAAAUACAUUGUUUUCAACUGCCUGGAGUAUUGACAGGCUUGGUCACUCAGUACAUUCAGCAUAAAGUUGCAGGACUGCACUUAAUCAGCUGCUCUGUUACUGACAUCCUACUGAAUUCCUGAAAUGCAGAAAUCAAAUCCAACUCCAGGAUUGUCACAUAUGAAGAAAUUAUUUCCACUUGCUUUUCAUAUCUAACGCAUGAGUUACUGUAUGGAUUGUAACAGACAUUACUUUUUAUGCAAGUGCUUUGAUCCUGGUGUGUUGACAAUAAAGUGUUCAGGAAAU